AUGAUUUUUGUUACGUCAACAACUGUUCGCCAGGUGAUUGUCUAUUGAAUGGUACUACUGGUUAUACUUGUAAUUGCACAGAAGAUUAUUUUUUUGAUGGAAUACAGUGUGCAAAAAUGGAUGACCCCGGCAUCACGAUUGGGUCGAUUAUUGCAAUGGUUGUUGGUAUAUUACUUGGAGUAAUCUUAAUAAUAUUUGCUAUUGCAUAUCUUGGAUAUUGGAAAUCCACAACUAGGAAAGGUAUCAUCUCCGGAUCUGAACUCAAUUUAACUGGUAUAGUGGUAGCAAGAGAUGAACCCCAAAAUCCCAAGGUACUCGUCCUUUAUACUGCAGACUGCGAGUUGCACAACCGACUUAUCCAUGAAUUUGCAUUGUUUCUGAGGGAUCAGUUUGGAUGCAUUGUAAAAUGUAAACUCUGGGAUACAGCUGCUGUUGCAAACUCUGUGAGUGAUUGGAUAUUCGAGGCACUGAGAGAGGUUGAUAAAGUUGUUGUGGUGGCCUCGACUGGAACUCUGAAAGUAUGGGAAGAAAGGGAUACUGUUCAAGAAAUUGGAAACGUAGCUAACAGUAUAUUUAAAAAUGUAAUGGUGAUUAUUUCCAAUGAUCUUCGUGAGCAGCAAAGAUGCAAUAAAUUUGCAAGCGUUUAUUUCCAAAUUCAUCCAUAUUCUGAACACAGGGACAUUCCUGAUCCAUUGAAGCAUGUUGGUAAAUGCUUCAAACUUUCUGGACCUGGUUGGAAGGAGAUGAAGGAUCUUUAUCUGUUUCUGUGUGAUUUGUCUGAGGCUUCUUCAACUGGUGGCUAUCGGACAAUUGAAAAUAGGUGCAGUUCUGAGGAAGGAAGGAAAUUUCGUGGUACUUUAGCAAAAAUGAAAGAGUAUGUUCUCUCAAAUCCAGACUGGUAUGAACAAUGCCAACAAGAAGACAACAGUCUGGAAACUGUAUUCCCAAUAUCAAGUCCUUUCGAAUAUAUCCCUGCUCAUUAUGAGAGUUUAACAGAAUUAUCAAAUGAAGAAGAAGAAGAUCCGGAUAGUAAAUAUCAACAACUCCAGUUCGAAACUUGUAUGCUAGGAUCAGGACCAAAAUCAGCAGAAUCAGGGAACACUUUCCAUUCAUAUCACACAGAUGAUCCCAUGGAAGAGUCUGCUGGCACUUAUCAACAACAUGGUAUGAUGAUUCAGUCCAAAGGAGAGUCGCAUCCACCUUACCUGACAGGUCAUCAUGUGGAACCAACAGUACUUAGUACACCUUGUGAAGAUGACAAUGACAGCAAUUUUUCUUCUGACUUUGCAUUGAGACAGAAUAUGGCCAAUAGUCCAACAGAUAACCACAGUGAACAUUCUGAUUACUCCUCACAAAAUGCAAAUGCUUCGAGUGAGAGCAAUAGACAAUCAUCAUCAUCAACAUCGUCAUCUGGGUUAGGAGAAGAACUGAAUGAUGUGAAUUGCAACAAAAAACUACAGGAUGUUGAGAAACCUAUUUUUGUUUAG